AUGUCCCUGACGUCCAUCGUUAUCGCUGCCAAAGCAAAACAAACAGCAACUGUAUUAUGGAUGCAUGGUCUCGGUGAUUCCGGUGCUGGCUGGUCAUUUUUAGCACAAGAACUUCAAACAACGUUUCCUUAUGUAAAGUGGAUCUUACCUAAUGCUCCAAUCAAACCAGUCACUCUGAAUAAUGGAUACCCUAUGCCUGCUUGGUUUGAUAUCGCCAGUCUUGAAAGAUCGGAAGUAACCGUAGAAGAUGAACAAGGCAUGCUAUCUUCAGUCGCCUCAGUUAGCCGCAUCAUUCGGGACGAGGUAGAUAAUGGUAUUCCUGCAAAUCGUAUUGUCGUUGGUGGUUUCUCUCAGGGUUGUGUUCUUUCUCUGCUGACAGGUUUAACAUCAGAAUACAAAUUAGCAGGAAUCAUCGGUUGCAGUGGAUGGCUUGGUUUGGCCAGCAAAUUUCCUGCUAUGGCGGCGGAUGCUAAUAAAAAGACGCCUAUUCUUAUGUGCCAUGGUGACUUGGAUAAUGUUGUUAAACCUGAAUAUAGUAAGGAAUCAGCAGAGAAGCUUCAAUCAUUGGGUUAUGAUAUUACAAGAAAAACAUAUCCCGGCCUCCAACAUUCAGCAAAUGAAAAAGAAUUGUUAGAUAUAAGGGAUUUCCUUAAGAAGGUGAUCCCUGCUGUUUGA